AUGGCAGAGAAGAUGUCCGAAAACACAUGCCGCACUGAGGCUACUCUCUGGAAGGAGAUUCGACAAUAUCUCGAGCACAAGGUCAAGGAAGACACGCCGCAGCCCCCCUUCGCCGUGUGUCCCAUAUGCCGACUCAAUGAACUCGACAUCUUGGGUAUCCCGCCAUCGCCAUCGUCAUCGGGAUCCGACGGCAACCUCGCGCAGGGCGCCAUCCUUUACACUCGGUGCAGAGCCGACCAACGCGCCAUCACCUGCCCGAUGUGCCGGCUCGGCAUGAAGUUCGAGGGCCGCGACUGCGCGCAUGUCGGCGCGCCCUUCCCUAUCCCGACCUCGCGCAGCGCGGAAGACCAGAGAAACUCGAACUCCAUCAUCAGCGAGUUUCUCCAGCGAUUGAGCCCGACCAUCAGCGAGCGCGGAACAAAGCCGCCGAGGUGCAACCGGUGUCGGUCUGCAAAGGCCGACCUGCUUGGUGCGGUAGUCGGACCGCAGAUCGAGCAGCGGAGGGAGGAGAUGGUGAGCUCCGGGCAGUUCUUCCAGGCCGAGGUGAUCUUCAUGCAAAAUGCCAACUUCGCCAGGCUGAUUUCCAUCUUCGUUCGGGAGACCAGCAAUUCCACCUGGGGCGAGGCCGACGAUGGUUGA